AUGACCGUCGCCACCAACGCGGAGACUGUCUCCGAGCUGGGACUGUCGGCCGACGAUAUUAGUGUGAAGAAUGCGACGGCCCAGGCAGCCAAUGACCUAAACAACAACUUCAAUGGCAUGGGCGACAGUAAGGAGAUCUCCGAGAAGGAUCUAGACGACUAUUUACACCAUUACAACAAGUGGGAGCAGAGCCGCCUCGGGCGGGCUUUCCAGCAGUGGAUUGCCGAUCACAUUGGGCUGAAGUUUGAUAACGAAAUCAAAUGGAAAAAUGUGGCCAUGAUUGGUGGCUUGCAUUUGAUCACGGUUCUGGCGUUCUUAAAAUAUGUUUGGUACUCGACACUGACGACGUGGCUGUGGGGCAUCUUCGUCGGUGGCUGUGCGGGGUUCGGUAUCACCGGAGGGGCACACCGGCUGUGGACACACCGGGCCUACAAGGCCAAGCUACCUUUGCGCAUCAUCCUGAUGUGCUUCUACUGUCUAUCGGGGCAGAACAGUUUGUUCGACUGGGUUCGCGAUCACCGUAUCCACCACAAGUACUCCGAAACGGACGCGGAUCCGCACAACUCGAACCGUGGGUUCUUCUUCGCCCACGUCGGCUGGCUGCUGCUGCGUAAACACCCGGAAUGCAUCAAGAAGGGACGCCUAAUAGAUAUGUCCGAUGUGCUGGCCGAUCCCGUCAUCCAGUUUCAUCAGAAGUACUUCAUGCUGCUGAAGAUAGUCUUCACCUUCUUCAUACCAUCGUUCAUUCCGUGGCUAUUCCUGGGGGAACCACUGUACCUAUCCUUCCUGGCUAACUGUCUGCUACGCUACGUUCUAACGCUCAACUUCACCUGGUUGGUCAACAGUGCGGCACACAUCUACGGACCGAAGCCGUACGAUCAGCGCAUUCGACCAGCGGAAAACAAAACCGUAUCGAUACUGUCCAUGGGCGAAGGAUGGCACAACUACCACCAUGUAUUCCCGUGGGACUACAAGGCAGCCGAGUACAGCCACUACUCCGUCAACGUGACCACAUUCUGGUUGGACCUUUUCUCCAAGAUUGGCUGGGCAUACGACAUGAAGCAGCCUUCAAAGGAUCUCGUACGAAGAACGUUGCUGAAGUACGGUGAUGGUACGCACAUCACGACAUCUAUCGGGCACCUGUCGGAGGUUCCCGAGGAGGAGUCGGUGAAAAGUCGAUAA